GGUUCUAUAGUCAUCGACGAUCCGGAGGCAAUGACAGAACUCAUUUUCGAUGCCACUGCUCAAGCCUCUGUACGUGCAGUCGUGUCAGCUGGUUGGGGAGGUCUUGGUGGUGUAACUAUUCCCGACCAUAUACAUAUACUGGGAAAUGUGCCUCAUGACUGGCUCUUUUCUCGAGUCUCUGCAGUCGUGCACCAUGGAGGUGCAGGAACAACGGCUGUCGGACUUCGCAUGGGACGUCCUACUGUAGUCGUGCCCUUUUUCGGAGAUCAACCUUUCUGGGUAUGAUGAUACACAAGGGAGGCGCAGGACCGAAGCCGAUAGAUGCUAUCAAAUUCGCGCUUCGUCCUUCAGCC